UUCAGAUAUCACCUUCAAGAUCACCAUGCGCAGAAAGACACUGUUCUAUACAGUGAACCUAAUCAUACCCUGCGUAGGUAUUACCUUUUUAACAGUGCUGGUUUUCUAUCUACCCUCAGACUCUGGAGAAAAGGUCACCCUAUGUGUAUCCAUCUUACUGUCGCUGACUGUGUUCUUCUUGCUCUUGGCUGAAAUUAUUCCUCCAACGUCUUUAGCUGUGCCUUUGCUGGGGAAGUAUCUGUUAUUCACUAUGAUCCUGGUCACUUCCUCUAUUUGGGUGACGGUUUGUGUACUCAACGUCCAUUUCAGGUCUCCCUCAACGCACAAGAUGUCUCCUCUGUUCAGGAAGAUAUUCCUGCAGUUCAUGCCAAAGCUGUUGAUAAUGAGAAGAACUACAUACGCUUUACCUGAAUAUGAUGACAAUCAGCCUCCCAGGAGCUAUUCGAAUGACAUGGAUGUCCAAAUGAACGUGGGUGAGCCGUUCACAUCAGACUUCAAGAUUACUACCAGGGAGCCCAGCUUCGUACUUCAAAACUCAGACCAGGAAGAUAAGAUGAAGGCUCAUUCAUCCAGUAAGUAGAUACACUUUUCUUAGCACAAACUUCAAUCAGUAUAAGCAAAGAUUAUUUAAGAACUGGUGAGAAGUAAGCAUGACAUUUUCACCGGAAUAACCAGGAAGAGCAAACUGAGCUAUUAAGGAACCUGGGCAUCGGAUUUUUCAGGUAGAACUAU